GUGACAGUAAACAAUCAGUUAGUGGCUUUGCCUUAUAAAAAGUUUGGCGUGAGCAUCUAUGAGUCAGGCAUAAAUCGUGUUGUGGAAAUUCCUGAGCUAAAAAUGAAUGUGACCUACAAUGGCUUGUCCUUUUCUAUCAGAAUGCCCUACAGCCUGUUUGGCAACAACACUCAGGGACAGUGCGGUACUUGCAAUAACAACACCGCAGAUGACUGCAUGUUGCCGAAUGGAAACAUUGCAGAAAACUGUGAAACCAUGGCAGAUCACUGGCAGGUUGUUGACCCCUCCAAACCACAGUGCUCUCCAGGCCUAAAUCCUACAAGUUCACCUAGCACAACCCCAGCACAGCCUUGCAAAGAAUCUUCCAUCUGCGAGCUUCUUUUGGGAAGUGUGUUCAAGCCAUGCCAUGAGUUUGUGCGACCUGAAAAGUACUAUGCAGCCUGCAUUUUUGAUAGUUGUGUACUUCCCAACCUAGACCUGGAAUGCUCAAGUCUGCAGAUCUAUGCUGCCACCUGUGCUGAUCAAGGUGUAUGCCUUGACUGGAGAAGUCACACCAAUGGUGUAUGCUCUCAUGAAUGCCCCUCAGGAAAAGAGUUCAGAGCAUGUGGUCCUAUUAAAGAACCAACCUGCAAAUCAAGCCACCAAAAUGAAACUUCAACUAAACAAGUGGAAGGCUGUUUCUGUCCCAAUGGAACAAUGCUGUAUGACUCUGGCGUGGAUGUCUGCGUGAAAACCUGUGGCUGUGUUGGAGUGGAUAUGAUCCCAAGAGAGUUUGGGGAAAAGUUUAUAGUAGACUGUCAGGACUGUGUUUGCCUGGAAGGGGAAUAUGGCAUUGUAUGCCAGCCUCAUCAAUGUCCUGAACAACAUGUCACUUGUAAUGGAGAAGGCUUCUAUCAGGUCACUGAAGUCAAUCCUGAAGACUCCUGCUGCCCUCUUGUCACCUGCAAAUGCAACACAAGCCUCUGCACAGCUAAAGCUCCCAAGUGCACACUGGGAUUUGAAAUUCAUUCUUAUAUUCCCAGUGGUCAGUGCUGUCCUGUAUACCAAUGUGUUCCCAAGGGGGUCUGUGUUCACGAGAGUGCUGAGUUCUUGCCUAACUCCUCAGUCUUUGUUGAUAAGUGUCAGAAUUGUUUCUGCACAAAUGAAGUUAACGUCAGCACUCAACUGAAUAUCAUCUCAUGUGAACCUGUUCCAUGCAAUACGUACUGUUCACCGGGAUAUGAACUUCAACCAGUGAAAGGUGAAUGUUGUGGAAAAUGUGUGCAGACCAAGUGUAUUAUACAUGCAAACAAUGAUGAACUCAUCUUGAGUCCUGGAGAGUUUAAAAAUGAUCCUAACAACAACUGCACCAUUUAUAGCUGUGUAGAGAUCCACAACCAGCUUAUCUCUUCCACAUCUGAGAUUACCUGUCCAGCAUUUAAUGAGGACAGCUGCAAACCUGGAACUAUUUCAUUCUUACCUAAUGGUUGUUGCAAAACCUGUGCACCUCUGGAUAGCAGUACACCAUGCUCUGUCCGUGAAAGAGAAGACUUUAUUGUCUAUAAUGGCUGCCGUUCCGUGGACAGAGUUGUCAUGACUGAGUGUGAAGGAACAUGUGGAACUGUCUCGCUAUACUCUGCUGAGGCCAAUUCUAUGGAUCACAGCUGUUCCUGCUGCAGAGAAUCAAAGACUACUGAGAAGUAUGUGGUACUGAAGUGUCCUGGUGGGCACUCAAUGUCACAUAAGUACAUCUAUGUGGAAAGCUGCAGCUGUCAAGACACUCAAUGCCAGAUCCCACAAUCCAGUGAGUUGCAGACAAGAAAAUGACAAGGCAAGAUCUCUGAACCUACCAAGAGGGCCAUCAGCCUAACAUCAAAAUGAAGACAGGAAAAAACUAGCAGCAUUUGACUGAAAGGCGUGUGUACCAUUCUUAGCUUUCUUGACUACUUUUGAACAUUGCUUUUCCCAGUAAAUGUAUCCUAUUUGUUCUCUGAUUAAUUUGAACAGUGCUCUAUUUAUUUGUGACAAAAUAAGAACACAAAUUUGUAUUCUUCCAAGUGCACAGCCUUUUGGAUCCUUUUGCAAUCUGCUUAUUUUCUCUGAACGAUUAAAAGCA